AGCUAAUUGCUGUUGCGUGAGGUCAGAGAGACAUUUAUCUGACUGAGCUAGCCUUCCCUGCUAGCCCACAACAGACAGACAGACGGACAGGGAGGAUGUUGCACAGCUCACACUACAGAGAGGAGAGACUGGCUGCUAAAGCACUGACUAACUGAGAAGUCCCAGGGACAUGCACACACAUACAUACACUCUAUCUCUCUCUCUCUCGCUCUCUCUCUCUCACACACACACAUACAUCCACAUACCCACAGACUCCUCUGACACACACACACAUACACACACAGCUUGUGUGUAAGUAAUCAGGAGCAGUGGGAUCACAGUAACUCUAAAGCUUCUAAGAAAGAGGAACGCCACUAACUGUUUCAUCUCUGGACGCUCAAUACUAAUCUCUGGCCUCCACAGAACCCCUGAAACAUCCGGAAACAGACGGAAGCAGACAAGACCAUGUCUGCUGUUGGAUGACGGUCUCCUCUGCCGGGAUCACACAGCCAACACACACAGUGAGGAUCACACUGAGACAGACUGACAGACAUCAACAUAAAGACUGGCCUCAUCCAUACAGAGAGACAGUGAGACAGACGGACAUCAACCUACAGCCUUGUGUCCUUACAACAGAGAGACAGACAACAACUCCAAACAGAGAGAGACAUCACACAAGUGCCUGGUCACUCUCUUACCCUCCUACCCUUCACCCACUCCACCUCCCACCAGCUGGCCUUAGCACCCCAGCCAGGGGUUACAGGUCACAGGUCAGGGGGACCAGCCCAUCCAGGCUCCUAGUGAACAGCGCUAGGAGGGCACUGUCUGGCACUCUGUUCUGUUCUGUCUGCCGGAGCAGACAGCAGUAUUUCAGCAUGUUGUCCGUGGCGCCCCACAGCAGUGCAUUAUAAUGCCCAGAUGGAUGCCACUGCCAUGCAACCUGCCUAACUUGCUGUCGGCACUGUACCUUCACAUCAUCUUCCUGCUGGGCAGCGUGUGUGUGGUCUGCAGCAACUGCACACCCGAGCAGCUAGCCGCCAUCAUGAACUGCUCCAAGCACGAGCGCCAUGCACGGAACUACGACUACAUGGAAGGGGGAGAUGUACGCAUACGACAGCUGUUCAGCCGGACACAGUGGUUCCUUACCGUUGACGACUACGGCAACAUCAACGGGACACAAGACCCCACCAACUGUUACAGUAAGACCACUGUUUCCCCUAUAUAUGCCGGCACACCGCCGCUAAAUCGUGCCCGCUUCUGUUAAAACGUGGCAUCCGCUGCUAAAUCGUGGCCUCCGCUGUUAAAUAUAGUGGCCUCCGCUGUUAAAUCGUGGCCUCCGCUGUUAAAUAGUGGCCUCCGCUGUUAAAUAGUGGCCUCCGCUGUUAAAUAGUGGCCUCCGCUGUUAAAUAGUGGCCUCCGCUGUUAAAUA